AUGUCACCAUUUCCCCUCCUCCGUCUUCCUGGAGUGGUUCUGUGUGAGAUAUUCAAGUCAUUGAAUGUCGGAGAAAAAAUAAAACUCUCCCUCAGCUCCAAGAAAGUCUCUAUUCAAAUCAAUAUGGCUCGUUUGUACUCUCAAAAAGUCAUAGUCGAUCUUGACUGCUCAAAACAAAAAAUAGAAGUUCGCUCUGAAAAUGACGGAGAUGCAUUUGACAUCUUCAUUUGUCCUGAUUUCGGGAAAACGCCCAGUUCAAAUACUCAACUAGUUUCUAUCGCUCUUACACGUUACACUUUGAGAGUUACUUCUAACAGAGAAGAAAUUAAAACAUUCUGGAAGAAUAAUCAGAAGGAAGGAUAUCUAUCUGUUAUUAGACAUUUAUUGAAGAUGUUUCAAUGCAGAAUUUCAACUUAUAGUGAUUGUUUUUAUAGUGAUUUAUUUCAACCAACAAUUUCAAUGUUGUUUGAUCUACAAGCGGAAUUCAAGAUGCUCUGUAUUCGCCCUAAAGGAUCAGAAGAUGAAAACUUGUUGUGGAACAAGAUAUCCAGUAAUUUGGAACUAGUUGAGUGUCUCAUCAGCUAUUCUAGUGUUGUUCCUGAUUUCAGACCAGUGUUCAAUUCAUGGCCACAAGAAAUUAGUAUCUGGUGUUCCGAUUGGUUCACUCUGGAAUCUCUCUUGGCGUGCCCCUGCACUACAAUUACACUUUACCAUUCUCAUCUGGAAAACAAGGAUUUGGAUAAGGUUCUCAAGAAAUGGACGUCUGGAGGAUUUCCAAAUCUAGAGCGUCUGGAGAUCUAUAGUCAAAAUUUUAAAAAUAAUGGAACGACGAUUUUGGGAAUGAACUUCAGAGAAUUACACGGGAUCGUUAUCCAAACUGAUGACGGAUUCAAGACGGCAAUCAUUAAACUUGGCCCCGAUAGUAUUAAAAUGUCCAUGUCUCCAUUUCAAUAA